AUGGGUUGGGCAAUGUCCAACAAGAAGUCCAUCGACGAUCUUUAUCCGCCGCUCUAUACCGCCAUCACUACUGGCCUAUGCGGCUGCAUCACCACGUUUAGCGUUUGGGUGCUGGAAUGCUUUAGAGCGUAUGGCGAUCAGUAUCAUCAUGGCAGGAGCGGAUUUUACAAUGUGAGCCAAUACAGGCCGAACUUCGCUCUCACCAAGUCAAGUCUGCUUUGCUGACACUUGUGCCUGCCCCCUUUCCCAAACGCACAGGCGAUGGACGGAUUGACGCAGACUAUCGCCACGCUCGCCGUCUCCUUGGCCUGUCUAUCAGCAGGCCACCACUUUGCCAACUUCUUACCUUUCAGCCUCUUGCUUCGCGUACUCGACCCUCGUAGGAGUGCGCAUACAUCAUCAGACGUACACUUGGACACAGUCAGGCAGAACGCCUCUACUGACUUUCGCAGCGAAGAGGCAUCAAGUGGCACUCAGACGCAAGUCCGCAAUGCGUCGUCUGGGCAACAACGAGAACACAAAGGCGUGGCCGGACACGACUCAGAGGAUGUGCUGCGCGAGGCACCCUUCACCCACGGCGGUCCAGCGCGAGCCUUCGUAUCACGCCAAGGGCCUCGAGGCGUGGGUGAUCAGAGCAGAGUGCUAGAUUUUUCCUGUUUCGUCCUCGGCCUAGCUUUCUGGAUCGGUUCGGCUCUUCUGUGUGCUUUUUACGCUCCUUGGCGACGCAUCACCUUCAGUCUGGUCAUGUCUCCACCAGGAUGCGUGCUGCGCUGGUACCUCAGCUUCUUCAACCCUCUACCAGCAUCGCAUUCUUCCAAGCUCAGCCUAGGCACGCUGGCUGCCAAUCUCGUAGCCACGCUGUUCGUCGGUACUGCUUUCGUCCUGCAACACGUAGGUCGAGCAGCCGGGUCGGCGGGAGGCGGCGCGUACUCCAUGACGGGUUGCGCAGCCGCUUAUGGUUUAGAAGAAGGCUUUUGCGGUUGUCUGAGCACCAUCAGCACCUUUGCAGCCGAGCUCAGAGCAGCUAAGGGUAGAUCUGCGGUCUGGUACGCAGCGGUCAGCUACAUAGCUGGAAUCGCCAUCUGUGUCCUCAUCAUCGGAUCGCCAUGGUGGAGCUUGGGCAUGGACGGCAGCUGCGUUGGCCUGUACCCAGUUGGGUAA